UCUACACGGACACAGUUUGCGGUCGCACACACCCUGACAGCUGACUUCAGAAAGGAAGACGUGUACUUUUUCUAUCCCAUGCUGAUUGUUUUGAGCUUGUUUAUUCUCCGUCUGUUUGGGCUCGUUUGUUUCCUUUGCAGCGGCAUCUUUAAACGGGAUUUAAUCGAAUCAAUGGCGACGGUGGAGGAGCUGAAGCUGAGGGUGAGAGAGCUGGAAAAUGAACUGAUCAAGUGUAAGCAGAGGCAGUCUGCUGCGGAGGAUGCUCACAAUAGACCCAAGAUUGAUCAAAUGAGCGCCGAGGUAGUGGAUUCCAACCCAUACAGCCGCCUUAUGGCUUUAAAAAGAAUGGGCAUCGUGGAUGAUUAUGAGAAAAUCCGGACAUUUUCCGUCGCUGUAGUUGGUGUUGGAGGCGUCGGCAGCGUGACUGCUGAAAUGCUCACUAGAUGCGGCAUCGGUAAGCUGCUGCUGUUUGAUUACGAUAAAGUAGAGCUAGCCAACAUGAACAGACUGUUCUUCCAGCCUCACCAGGCAGGCCUCAGUAAGGUGGAAGCAGCAGAACACACCCUCAGAAACAUCAAUCCAGACGUGGCUUUUGAGACUCAUAACUACAACAUUACAACACUGGCCAAUUUCACACAUUUCAUGGAUCGCAUCAGCCAUGGAGGGUUGGAAGAAGGAAAACCAGUGGAUUUGAUUCUGAGCUGUGUGGAUAACUUUGAAGCCAGAAUGGCCAUUAAUACAGCCUGUAACGAACUGGGCCAGAUCUGGAUGGAAUCUGGUGUGAGUGAAAACGCCGUAUCGGGACACAUCCAGCUCAUUAUUCCUGGGGAGACGGCCUGCUUUGCCUGCGCCCCUCCUCUGGUGGUAGCUGCCAACAUCGAUGAGAAAACCCUAAAGAGGGAGGGAGUGUGUGCUGCCAGCCUGCCAACUACAAUGGGUGUGGUUGCAGGCCUUCUGGUGCAAAACGUCCUCAAGUAUCUGUUGAAAUUUGGGACGGUCAGCUAUUAUCUCGGAUACAACGCCAUGCAGGACUUUUUCCCCAUGAUGGCCAUGAAGGCCAACCCUCAGUGUAAUGACCGCCACUGUCGGCGGCAACAGCAGGAGUAUAAGAAGAAAGAAGCAGAGCGGCCCAAGGUGGAAGUGGUGCAGGAGGAGGAGGGAGAGAUCGUGCAUGAAGACAAUGAAUGGGGUAUUGAACUGGUUUCUGAAGUGACGGAUGCCGAGUUACAGGCGGCAACGGGGGCUGUGCCUGACCUGCCAGAGGGCAUCACUGUGGCAUACACCAUCCCAGCUGAGGAAACGGGCAGCGGAGAGACGGUGGAGGAGAGUGAAGUGAGCUUGGAGGAUUUAAUGGCUCAAAUGAGAAAGUUGUAGACAACGAACCGAAGAUGCUUUUCUGCAGGACAUUUUUUCGUCUUUGUAUUCAUAUUUUUAUUUUACAUUCCCCACCAAACAGAACUCUAGAAUAAACUAAAGAACUAAACAGAUCAUGCAUGAAACUGGCUGCAGACACAAAUUAAUAACUGGAAUGACAUCAAAUUCUCACGAAAUAUCUUAAAGUACAAAAUUGUUUGUAAAAAAAUAUUCCUUAAUCUGUUUAUUAAGUUUUAUUUUGACUGUUUCCAUUUCUCUGCCAUGUGACCUUCCGCCAUAACAUUUCUGAACACUGUCUCAAUAAAAAUAUUUAUUAGAUUCUA